UCCAAUCGUGGGGCCGGCGGUUACCGCGCUCGGCCCCGCCGCGGCUGCGCGGGAGGCGGCGCAGGCCCGGUGCCGCCCGCCCGCUCCCACCCCGCGCUAAGAUGGCGGCGCCCAGGGCGGGAGGCGUUGGCGGCUGAGGGCGCGCGCAGAACAGACAUUACAGCAGUAAAAAUGCAGUCGGUUUGUCAGAGAGUUGGCACCUGCUCCAUGUGUUUGAAUAGACAACUAAAUGGCUUCCUGGGAUUAAUUAAAUGGCGGAGAAGACUGGUUCCUGCUUGUGUCAGAACUAUUUACAGUGAGACGGGGAAAUGGGAGAGAAGCUAUGGGUUGGAGACAAGAAAAAGAGUGGAAAAUUGGUGGUUCCCAAGGAUAAAGGACCAGUUCUGCAGAAUUUCAGAAACCGAUAAAUCAAGACCAAAAUUUUAUGUGCUUUCUAUGUUCCCAUAUCCUUCUGGAAAGCUUCACAUGGGCCAUGUUCGUGUCUACACCAUCAGUGAUACAGUAGCUCGGUUCCAGAAAAUGAGAGGGAUGCAGGUGAUAAAUCCAAUGGGAUGGGAUGCAUUUGGUUUACCAGCAGAAAAUGCUGCAGUUGAGCAUGGUCUUCACCCUGCAAGCUGGACAGAAAGUAAUAUUCAACACAUGAGGAAACAGUUUGAUGCACUAGGUCUGUCUUUUACAUGGGAAAGGGAAAUAACCACUUGUCUACCAGAGUACUACAAAUGGACACAGUAUCUCUUUCUUAAGCUUUUUGAAGCUGGGAUAGUGUAUCAAAAAGAGGCCUUGGUCAAUUGGGAUCCAGUGGAUCAAACCGUUCUAGCAAAUGAGCAGGUGGAUGACAAUGGUUGUUCAUGGCGUUCAGGAGCAAAAGUGGAACAGAAGUACCUCAAACAGUGGUUUAUCAAAACUACUGCUUAUGCAAAGGCUAUGUUUGAUGCUUUGUCUGAUCUCCCUGAAUGGUACGGUAUAAAAGAAAUGCAAGCAAAUUGGAUAGGUGACUGCGUUGGAUGUUCCUUUGACUUCUUGCUAAAGGUUAAUGGUGCAGUAACAGAGGAGAAGCUAGCGGCUUACACCUAUACGCCUGAAGCCAUUUAUGGAGCUUCCCAUUUAUGUAUUUUACCAACUCACAGACUGCUGCAUGGGAAUAGCAGUCUGAAGGAAGUCUUUCAGGAGUUCAUCCCAGGGAAAGACUCACUCACUUCAGUGACAGCUGUGAAUUUGCUUACCAAUCAAGAGAUUCCUGUAGUAAUCUCAGCAACAAGUUUUGAGAAUUUUCUUGACACUAAAAUAGGAAUUCCAAGUACUAGUGCAGAAGAUGCUGCAAUAGCUAAGAAUCUGGGCAUUUCUUUCACUGAAGUCAUUGAAAAAUUGCCAAAUGGUCUGGAGAGAGUCAUUAAUUCUGGAGAGUUCACAGGCAUGACUCGGCAGGAGGCUUUAAAAGCUCUUACCCAGCAAGCCAAAAAUAAAGGAAUAGGUGGAGACCUAACAAGUGACAAAUUAAGAGACUGGUUAAUAUCUCGACAGCGGUACUGGGGAACACCUAUUCCUGUCAUUCACUGUCAGACGUGUGGCACUGUUCCUGUGCCUUAUGAAGAUUUACCUGUGGUGCUGCCCAGUGUAACCACUUUCACAGGGAAGGGAGCUUCACCUUUAGAAACUGUUCCAGAAUGGGUGAACUGUGCCUGUCCAAGGUGUAAGUCAGCAGCAAGGCGAGAAAUUGAUACCAUGGAUACAUUUGUUGAUUCUGCUUGGUAUUACCUGAGAUACACUGACCCUCACAACACUGACAGGCCCUUUAAUAGUGACUUGGCUAACUACUGGAUGCCUGUGGAUUUGUACAUUGGAGGAAAGGAGCACGCAGUUAUGCACUUAUUCUAUGCUAGGUUUUUCAGCCAUUUUUGCCAUGACCUGAAGAUGACCAAACACAAGGAGCCUUUCCAUAAGCUUUUGGUUCAAGGUCUUAUCAAGAAUCAGACGUUCAGACUAACAUCAACAGGCCAGUAUUUGAAGAGAGAGGAGAUUGAUUUCACUGGCACCGAACCAGUUCACCUAAAAACUGGUGAGAAACUCCAAGUCACAUGGGAAAAAAUGAGCAAAUCUAAGCACAACGGAAUAGAUCCUGAAGAAUUAGUGAAAGAAUAUGGCAUUGACACCAUACGUCUUUACAUUCUGUUUGCUGCUCCUCCAGAUCAAGACAUUUUGUGGGAUGCUAAAAAUGAUGCUGUACUGGGUGUUCAGAGAUGGCAGACUCGUGUCUGGACGCUUGUAACCAAACUUAUUGAAGCAAGGACUUCAGGAACCAUGCCCAAUCCUGAGCUUCUGAAUAAGAAAGAGAAGACUGAAGCCAGAAAGAUCUGGGAACAGAAGAAUCUGGUGAUUUCUGAGGUAACAGAGUACUUCACAAAGGAUCAUUUGUUCAAUGCAGCUAUUUCUCGACUGAUGAGCCUCUCUAACGUACUCCAUCAAGCUCCUCGACCUCUUAUUCUUCACAGUGCAGAAUAUGAAGAUGCUCUGGCUACACUCUGCAUUAUGAUUGCACCUAUGGCUCCACACAUUGCAUCAGAGAUGUGGAAAGGUUUGGCACAUAUGCACAAUAAACUUUGUACGCACCAUAGCUGGGGGACUGACGUGCUGCAUCAGUCCUGGCCCAAAGUAGACCCGGAAUACCUAAAACCAGCAGAUGUUGUGGAGAUGGCUGUUCUGAUCAAUAACAAAGCUUGCGGCAAAGUUUUUGUGCCUCACCAAGCAGCCCGCAAUUUUGAAGAAGUCCACGAACUAGUUCUUCAAAGUGAACUUGGAAUCAAGCAUCUCCAGGGAAGAACCAUUAAAAAGGCCUUUCUGUCUCCAAGAACUGCCCUUAUCAACUUCCUAGUGCAAGAAUAAGACUUUGCUGGGCUGUAAAGGGGAACAGGAAUCUUUCAGGAUGAAACCAAUUCAAAAAUACCAAUUACGGUUAUUUAAAUCUCAUGUAAUGGCAGGAGAGAAAUGUGAACAAAACUAGGGUGCUGCCAAAUCUUCAUUUCUACAUGGAGAAAUGCACAGAAUUAAAAGUUUCUUAUCAAGUCAUGGUAAGAUGCUGGUUGUCUGUAUUCUCUGGGAGAAUGAGCAGGAAGUACAAAAGAACUAAAUGAUUGUAGCAGAACAUAAAUGUUGUAAAGCACAUGGGUUUUGGGUCAGCCUCAGGAAUCUAUCCUACUGGAAAUUUGGCUUGGGUAAACGCAGAGGAAUAAAUAGGAUUCCAGAACUAACCAACUGCCGUGAGUAUGUGCUACACCAAAUGUUAGGUGCUCUACAGUCUGUCAGCCUUUGCUCCCUAUAUCUUAUGUUUGGGUACCCUACCAUUAAUCAACACUUUCUGUAGUAAUAUUUUCUUAAAACUUGGUGUUAAUUAGUGCUGGCUAAUUGCCUUGGGCAUAGCAGGUAGCCAGACUGGGGUGGUUUGAUCCAUUUCACAUAUAUCUCAGAGGCAAGCCAAGGAAACAGGCAGAUGAUUUAACUGAGCCGUGACUUAGCCAGGAUCCUCCUUAUUUGCUGGAAUAUUUUUGUUGGUUCGUACAUGAGAGAGUCAAAUUCCAGCAAGUGCUGACAGUUGUUUCUGCACAGACCAGAUGGAAGUUACUUCCCAUUCAUGAGCCAUCUCAGAGACUUUCCGAGGGAGUCAAGAAAGGGACGAGUCAGCUCUCAGUAACAGAGCAGUGAAGGCAGACAGCAUGCUUUUUGCUUCCACUCCUCUUUUUUUAUAGUGCCUAGAUCAUAAAACUUCAAUCAACAUUCUUUCUUCCUUUCUUUUUUGCUGAGGUUUCUUUAAGUAGAAAUAGCAGUUGUUUCUAAAAGUCAAGACUCAGAUAGAAUCAGACUUUCAUAAAAGACAAAGCUACUCUCAUGCCUCAUUCCAGCCAUUUUAUUUGUACACAGCAUUGCUGUUAUAUCUACAUGGAAAUGCUUAUUGUAUUUAGCAAGUGCUUGAAAAAGGUUUUCCAAAGAGACAGUUACAAGGUUCAUUGUUUAGGAAUGCCUUUUCCGUAACAACUAUUAAAACUAGCCACUUAUGAGCCCUUCUGACAGCUAAGAAGUUGAUGAUAACAAGAAGCUAGGCAAAUACAGAGGUCUGUUAACCCUCCAACCCAGCAGCCAUCCAGAUGGUGCAUUAGAUUGAAAAGAACCAACAAAAAUCACAGUAAAUAAGUCCAAGAGAUCCUAAGCAGCUAGGAUCAGGACGGAUCCUUUGCAGUGUCAGUACGAGCUGAGAAAUACUAAAAAUCAUUUUAUUUUUAUCAUUUUUGGUAGCAAAGAUUACAUAAUAGAGAUUCUGGGCUCAGUGAGCAGAUUCGGCUCUACACUUUCCUAAAUCUGCAACAAAACUCUUCUGAUUUCUACUUCCUUCUGGACCACGCUAGUGCAGAUUUUCUGUUCAGCUGUCCUUUGACACAAGAAUGACUAAGAAAUAGAAUAUUUAUAAUGAAGAUACAGUCUUUGCUGUUUUAAGACUCCCAAAAUCUUAGCCACAAAGGAAUGCAUUCAGACAUUUAGACACAGGCCUUUAGUUGGAGUUAAAAUAAUUUGAAUUCCAGUGUCUGCCUGACAUAUAUGUUGUUAUAAAUUCAUGAAACUCCUGUUCAGAAGCCCCUAAAAGACUGUGAAAGAGAUCCUUUAAAGUAAAAUCUGUAGCACAGCCCGCUCCUGCUUUUUUUCAUAUAAAAGUUUAACACACCC